AUGGGUGUGCGUGCGUACUGGCAACCCGGUUUAAAGCCCUUGGAGAAACUCACCACAGUUCCCUGGUCGGUAAUGAGUGUUCAAGGUGCUAACAUAAUCAAAGAUCAGUCUGUGGACCUCUGCCAGCGGAGCACAAUGAGCCUGAGCACCAGUGAGCUGGAGGACCUGUGGGAGUCCUUGACCUCCAGCGACUUCAACAUCUCUGAGCACCUGGGCAACAUAUCCAGUGUGGACACAACCGUGUGCGCCACGACCUUCAACCGCAGCGCCCUCCUCACCUCCAUGUGCGUGCUCUACUCCUUCAUCUUCAUCAUCGGUCUGGCCGCCAACGCGCUCGUCCUCUGGGUCAACAUCCGUGCGCAGCGAGAUUCCACCCCUCGCCAUGAGACGCACAUGUACAUCGCAAACUUGGCCGUGGCAGAUCUGUGCGUGUGCGCCACUCUGCCCAUAUGGGUUAGCUCCCUGGCGCAGCACGGUCACUGGCCCUUCGGAGAGAUGGCCUGCAAGCUCACACACUUGAUGUUUUCGGUCAACCUCUUCGGCAGCAUCUUCUUCCUGGCGUGCAUGAGCGUUGACCGGUAUUUCAGUGUAGCCAAGCACGGGGACAGCGAUGGCGGCGUGAGGCGGAAGCUGAUUCGCCGUGCGGCUUGUGUGGGGGUGUGGUUGUUGGCUUUUGUCGCCAGCUUGCCCGACACCUACUUCCUGCGCAUGGUCAAAUCUUCCCAUGGGGAUUUGAUGCUGUGUAGGCCGGUGUAUCCGGAAGAAAACCCGAGAGAUUGGAUGGUUGGCGUUCAGUUGAGCUUCAUCCUGCUUGGCUUUGUCCUCCCGUUUCCAGUUAUUGCCGUCUUCUACACUCUUUUAGCCCGCACGUUCAAACGCUCCUCCUCCGCAGCAGCAGAGUCAACCAGUGUGGAGCAAGAGCGUCGCAUCAGUCGAAGAGUCAUUUUAGCGUACAUCAUCGUCUUCCUCGGAUGCUGGGGCCCCUACCACAGUGUCCUUUUCGCGGAUGCUCUUUCUCAACUUGGUCUACUUCCUCUCAACUGCUGUUUAGAGAACGUCCUGUAUGUGGCGCUGCACCUAACCCAGUGUCUGUCCCUGCUCCACUGCUGCUUCAACCCCAUCCUCUACAACUUCAUCAACAGGAACUACCGCUACGACCUCAUGAAGGCCUUCAUCUUUAAAUACUCCACACGGACAGGGUUGGCGAGGUUGAUCGAAACAUCCAACGUAUCCGACGCAGAGUAUUCAGCCGUGGCUGUGGACAACCCGCCCCAAAUCUAA